AGACCAGAUUCGGGGUGUCCACUGCUCCUAGGCUUGCCCGCCAUCUUGGACCUGAAGUGGUUUAAAACGGGGUUCAACAGGAAAGGGGACAUAAAAAGAGAUAUUUUCGCACUAGUGUUGAUAUUUUCAUCUUUGGCUGAUGACCAAGAUACAUGAGUCAUGACAGGGCCGCUAUUUGCUGACAUCGAUGUCCAUAAGAGCGGUAAAUCUACGAAGAGGAAAUAGGAUUGUGCGGACUGAGGAUUUUACCCCAGCUGAAGAAGUUGUUUGUUUAUGUUUUUUAAUCCGGACAUGGACUCUUCGAACCCAGACAUACCAGAUGACUCUCUGAGUUUGGGAGCGGUUAGGGCCCAGUCAAGCAGCGGUGCUGUUGUGCCAAAAGGGUCCAAUAAGAGACGAGCCGCGCCAGACUUUGAUGAUGACGAUGAUGGAAGCAAGCUCUUCAGAUGUGAUGAAGAUGGAGGAGGAGACAAAGAGCGAUUUGCCAGGGAGAACCACAGUGAAAUUGAGCGUCGACGGAGGAACAAGAUGACGGCCUACAUCACAGAGCUGUCGGACAUGGUGCCCACCUGCAGCGCGUUGGCACGGAAACCAGACAAGCUGACCAUCCUGCGCAUGGCCGUGUCCCACAUGAAGUCUCUGAGAGGGAGCGGCAAUACCGCGGCAGAUGGGACAUACAAACCAUCCUUCCUCACAGACCAGGAGCUGAAGCAUCUGAUCCUGGAGGCUGCUGAUGGCUUCCUGUUUGUGGUGUCUUGUGAGAGCGGCCGAGUCGUUUACGUGUCUGAUUCUUUGACCCCGGUUCUUAACCAAUCACAGUCCGACUGGCUAGGCUCCUCCCUGUACGACCAGCUACACCCGGACGAUGGAGAGAAACUACGAGAGCAGCUCUCCAGUGCAGAGAGUAAUAAUACAGGGAGGAUGUUAGACCUGAAGACUGGAACUGUGAAAAAAGAGGGACAGCAGUCCUCUGUCAGAAUGUGUAUGGGGGCCAGGCGAUCCUUUAUCUGUAGAAUGAGGUGUGGUUCGUGUCCAGUGGAACCCAUGUCGAUGAACAGACUGAAUUUCCUGAGAAGUCGAAACAGGAGCGGUCUGGGCCCAGCCAAGGAUGGAGAGCCUCAGUAUGUGGUGGUUCACUGCACUGGAUACAUCAAGUCCUGGCCUCCCACAGGAGUGACUCUAACGGACGAAGAAACCGACAACACUCAGGGGAGUCGCUACUGUCUAGUGGCUAUCGGGAGACUGCAGGUGACCAGUUGCCCCAGCGACACAGACAUAAGCAGCCUUAGUGUUCCGGUGGAGUUCAUCUCGCGUCAUAACAGCCUGGGUGUCUUCACGUUUGUGGACCAUCGCUGUAUGGCCACCGUGGGCUACCAGCCUCAGGAACUGUUGGGGAAGAAUAUAUUGGAGCUGGCCCACCCUGAAGAUCAGGGUCUACUCGGAGACAGCUUCCAGCAGGUGAUCAAGCUGAAGGGCCAGGUGCUGUCUGUCAUGUUCCGAUUCCGCUCCAAAAGCAGAGAGUGGAUUUGGAUGAGGACCAGCUCCUUCACCUUCCAGAACCCCUUCUCUGAGGAGAUAGAGUACAUCAUCUGUACUAAUGCCAAUGUCAAAAGUUCGACUCAGGACCCCCUCACCCCACUCUCAUCCCCGGGGGUGUCUUUGCCUCCCUCACUGGGGGGGAGUAGUCCUAUCUGCACCCCUGUGGCCCCUAGUCCAGGGCAGGUGGCUGCCAGGCAGUUACAGCAACAGCAAGCCGAGCUGGAGGGAGGAGGGAGAGAUGGUCUGUACGAGGCAGGUCCAGUUCCACUUCCGCAGAGACCCGCCCAGGCGGUGAGCGCUGCCGGACCCGACCACAGUAAGACCAUGGAAAAACCAGAGCUGUACCCCUCCCUGUACCCCAGCCCAGCCCAGGCCAAGGUCCUGCCCUCCACCUCCGCCCCCGGAGCACCCCUCUACCCUCAGGGCAACAACACCUACACCGCUCCCAACUGCUCCGGCGAGGGAUACGGGAGAUCAGUAGGUAUGGCCCCUCAGAUGCUGCAGACGUCACACUCGGCAGGUCAGAUGCUGGCUCAGAUGUCUCGCCAGAACAGUGUCCCCCCUUCAGCCGCGCCCCCCACCAACAGCAGCCCCCUACAGGCCGGGGCAGCAGCAGUUGGCUGGCCAGGGGCUGCGGUGGGGACUAGACCACCGUUCAACAACCAGCAGGUGGUGCCCCAGGCAGGAAAGACCCUCUCACCGCAGUUUGCCAUGGGCGGUUUUGGAGGAAGCUCAUCCAACUCAUAUGGGGCGAUGCCCACCACCAAUGCCCCCACCCCCACCACUGGGGCUAACUACCCUAACAUCAACCCCCGCCCCAGCCUCAACACUAACGGAUAUGAUGGCGCUCAGUCAGGGCAGCAGUUCCCCUCCAGGGCAGCAGAGGCAGUGUGGCCCCAGUGGCAGGGCCAGAACAAUGCAGAGCCACACCCCCACGCACAGAACAACCAAUCAGAGAUCUUCCCUGAUGUUCUCUCCAUGCUUGAGCAGCCAGCCAACUUCAACAACGAUGACUUUGAGAUUCCCAUAUACCCCCCUUUCAACGAAUGACCCCUUCCCACUGCACCUCUUCAUUCUCCCCUCAAUCCUUCUCAUUUGCGUUCUUUUGCUUAAUUAUCUUGGUCUUCCCUUUUCUGAUCCAAAGAGAGUGUGUUUA